AUGGCGCAGGCGCCCAUGAUUUCGGUGCCCCUCAAGGCUACCAACGAGAUCGACUGGGUCACUCCCCUCAAGUCAUACAUCCAGAACACGUACGGCGACGAGCCCGAACGCUAUGCCGAAGAGUGCGCCACACUCAACCGCCUACGCCAGGACAUGCGCGGCGCCGGCAAGGACAGCACCGCCGGCAGGGACCUGCUAUACCGCUACUACGGCCAGCUCGAGCUGCUGGACCUACGCUUUCCGAUCGACGAGCAGCAUAUAAAAAUUUCCUUCACCUGGUUCGAUGCAUUUACCCACAAGUCCACAGCCCAGCACUCGCUAGCCUUUGAAAAGGCCUCCAUCAUCUUCAACAUCUCGGCCGUGCUCUCGUGCCAUGCCGCCAACCAGUCGAGGACCGAGGAGUCGGGCCUCAAGACGGCGUACCACUCAUUUCAGGCGUCGGCCGGCAUGUUCACUUACAUUAACGAGAACUUCCUGCAUGCGCCCUCGUCGGAUCUGAGCAGAGAGACGGUAAAGACGCUCAUCAGCGUCAUGCUGGCCCAGGCGCAGGAAGUGUUUCUCGAGAAGCAGAUUGCAGACCAGAAAAAGGUUGGCCUACUCGCGAAGCUGUCGAGCCAGGCAGCCACCCUCUACGGACAGGCGGUCGAAGGGGUGCAGGAGAACGUCAAUAAGGCCAUAUUCGAGAAGGUGUGGCUGUUGAUGGUACAGUCCAAGUUCAGCUUGAUGAGUUCUAUGGCCCAAUAUUACCAGGCACUUGCCGACGACGACGCAAACUCGCACGGCAUGGCCAUUGCGCGGCUCCAGGUGGCGGAGAGCUUCGCCCGAGAGUCGAACAAGAUAGCUAGCAACUUUCCCAGUUCCAUACCGCCCAACUCAAACCUAACCGCGGAUUGUCCUUUUAUCUUGGCAGACUACACCAAGAGACACCUGGUGGCGGUGCAGGAAAAGUUGAGAGAGCUCGUCAAGGACAACGACUACAUCUACCACCAGCCUGUGCCCGCCGAAGCUAGCGUGCCGCCUGUAGCCAAGCUACCAGCUGCCAAGCCGAUCCCGGUGAGUGAGCUAUACGCCGGGCAAGAUAUCCAGAGGAUUACCGGGCCCGAUCUGUUUGCCAAGAUAGUUCCGCUGGCCGUGACCGAGUCUGCCAGUUUGUAUGACGAGGAAAAGGCGAAACUAGUAAGAGCGGAAACAGAGAGAGUCGAUAUCGCAAACAGUGAAAUGGCGGCCAGCCUCGACUAUCUAAGGUUGCCGGGUGCACUGCAGGUUCUAAAGGGGGGCUUUGAUCAAGAGGUUCUCCCAGACGACGAGUUCAGGACGUGGUGUGUUGACGUGACGGACCACGAAAAUCCCGGCAAGAUAAUCGAGGGGCUCAAUCUACAAAAGCAGUCAAUAGUCACUAUUUUGGACAAGAGUACGAAACAGCUGGACAUGGAGGAGAGCGUCUGCGAGAAGAUGCGGUCGAAAUAUGAUGCGGAAUGGACACAACAGCCAAGCUCCCGGCUCACGAUUACGCUGAGGAGCGACAUUCGAAAUUAUCGAGAGGCCCUGGAGGAGGCGUCGAGGAGCGACGGUCAGCUUGCCACGAAAAUGCGGGCAAACGAGACCGAGUUUGACGAGAUGCGCCUCGCGGCGCAAAGCGGAGAAAUUGACGAUUUAUUCCAAAGGGCAGUCAACAGGGGCCGGAAAUCCAAUGCCAACAGUCCUGCUGGAGGCGAGCCCAAUCUUUUGGACGCCGACUUUGACGAGGCGGGCCCGAGCGUAGUCGACCAGAUCGCAAAGGUUGAGGACAUUCUCAAGCGGUUAAACCUCAUCAAGAGAGAGCGGCUUCAGGUGCUGAAGGACCUGAAGGAGAAGGCCCAUAACGACGACAUAUCCCAAAUCCUGAUUCUGAACAAGAAGACCAUCACCAACUAUGAACAGCAGCUAUUCCAGUCCGAGCUUGAGAAAUAUCGACCUCACCAAAACCGGCUGGUUCAGGCCAGCCAUAAGCAGGCUGCCUUAAUGCGGGAGCUGACGGUAGCCUUCAACAGUCUAUUGCAAGACAAGCGCGUCCGUGCCGAGCAGAGCAAGUAUGAGUCGAUCCAGAGGCAAAGGGCCGCCGUGAUCAGCAAGUACAAGCGGGCUUAUCAGGAGUUUCUGGAUCUGGAAUCUGGCCUCCAAAGCGCAAAGAAUUGGUACAAGGAGAUGAAGGAGACGGUCGAGAGCUUGGAAAAGAAUGUCGAGACCUUUGUCAACAACAGGAGGUCGGAAGGCGCCCAGCUCUUGAACCAAAUCGAGAAGGAACGGGCAGCCAACAAGAGCGCGCAAGCGGCCCUGGAACAGGAACGGUUACGGGGGCUGAUGGAGCGCAUGACUAUGGAUCGCUCGUCCUCGCCACAGAAGCAGCCGGCACGCCAUACUCCAUCGCCGCUGGUUUUCAGCACGUCGAACCCCCAGUACCCCAAGACAAAUUUCGCCGGGCAAUACCAGCUGCCCAGUUCACCCCCGGCAACCCAGACAAGUGCGCCGCAGUCGUUCAUGCAACAGUCGAGCCAGAGCGGGUACAACGGUUUGUCGUAUAACCCCAGCUCUCUUGGCCGCAUUCCGGGCCCGGCCUCACCUCCGGCUACGCAAUCCACAUUCAACAUCGGGACAAGACACGGUCCCGCGUCACCCCCUCCAACCCAGACCACUUUCUCGCAACAGCAGCCACCGACACCCGGCCGCUUUAGCGGCACAUAUGGGAACCCCGCGGCCCAGCAGCAGCAGCAACAGCAACAAGCCAACUAUGUCCCGCCUGGGUUUGUGCCUCCUCCGCCCCCUCCAGGGCCUCCGCCGCUAGGGCCCCAGCAGACUGUUCAUUAUAACUCUGGCGAUUACUACUCAUCCAACGCAAAUGCGUUGAGGCCGCCCUCGUCACAUCAGCAAGCCCAGGCUCAAGCAGAUCCUUGGUCUGGGCUCAGCGCAUGGAAGUGA